GCGUCAGCGCAUUCUGCCUCGCGGCCGCUCGCUCUCUCACUUCUACGCACUUCUUCGCGAGUCGCAGAGGCAGAACGCAGCGAAGUCCAGCAGAGUCCAGCACAGAGGAUCAGACUGUGACGGUGAUUUGAAGUGGCAAGGCCCGCGGCCCGCCGCUUGAUUCUUCAAGGGGGCAGGACUCAGAGCGACGCAGUGCGCAGAGCGGAUCAGACUGAGGUGGAUUUGAAGUGGCCAAGGCCCACGGUUCCCGGCUUGGUAACGCAGGAGCGUAGAGUGGACCAGACUGAAGGGGAUGUGAAGUUUCGAAACCCAAGACUCCCGGCUUGGAUUCUUCAAGGGGAGAGGACUCGGAGCGCAGGGAGGAUCAGACUGUGAAGGCGAUUUUGAAGUGGCAAGGCCCGCGGCUUGGGAAGGAGGAUGCAGAGCGGACGCAGAGCGCAGAAACUAUCAUCAGGCUGAAGGGAUCUGAAGUUGCGAGACUCAAGGCUUCCAGCUUGGUAAGUGGUGACAAACUAAGAAGUACUAUCAAGUCGAGGGCGUAACCACUUGCAAUUUUUCUGUGCAUAAGUUUCUUCAAGGAAGAAGGAAGACGCUGAGUGCAGCAGACAGCACCAGAGAGUGGAGACUGAGAAAGGGGAUCUGGAGAGGCGAGACCCACGGCGGCUCCUGGCUUGACGAAUUCAUGAGCGCCGCCAGUGAAAUCAAAACGAAGCAGAUCAAAAUGACUACUAUAGGAACAGCUUCGUCGCACCGACCUACUCUGACAGCAAAAAAAAUGUUCGAGUGCUCAGUUUGUAAAGAGAAGUUUAGUUCAAGUAGUAACCUUCGUGUGCACUUUCGGACCCACACGGGAGAAAAGCCAUUCGAGUGCUCAGUUUGUUUUAAGAAGUUCAGUCAAAGUGGAAGCCUUCGUCCACACCUUCGUACCCAUACAGGAGAAAAACCAUUCGAGUGCUCAGUUUGUUUUAAGAAGUUCAGUCAAAGUGGAAGCCUUCGUCCACACCUUCGUACCCAUACAGGAGAAAAACCAUUCGAGUGCUCAGUUUGUAAUAAGAAAUUCGGCGAAGGUGGCAAACUUCGUUUGCACCUUCGAAUCCACACAGGAGAAAAGUCAUUAGAGUGUUCAGUUUGCAAAAAGAAGUUUCGAUUUGAUAGUACCUUACGUGUGCACCUUCGCACCCAUACAGGAGAAAAGCAGUUUAAGUGCUCCGUUUGUGAAAAGAAGUUUACGAAAAGUAGUCACCUCCGUUCUCACCUUGGCACCCAUACAGAAGGAGAACGUCUUGGAUGCUCGAUUUGCAAUAAGAUGUUCAGUAACGGAAAUACUCUUCGUGCCCACCUGCUUCGUUCCCACACAAUAAAAAAGCAAGCUGAGUGUUUAGUUUGUAACAAGAAGUUUUCUGCUGAUAACCUGCGUGUGCACCUUCGAACCCAUACAGGAGAAAAACCUUAUGAGUGUACAAUUUGUAAAAAAAGGUAUAGCAACAUUCGUUUGCACCUCCGCACCCACAAUGGGGAAAAGCCAUUCAAGUGCUCUGUUUGUAAUAAGUCGUUUAGAGAAGCUGGUAAACUUCGCUUGCACCUACGGACCCAUACAGGCGAAAAACCUUUUGAGUGCUCAGUUUGUAGGAAGAAGUUUAACCAAGGUAGUCACCUUCGUAGGCACCUUCGCACCCAUACUGGAGAGGAACCAUUCGAGUGCUCAGUUUGUUUUAAGAAGUUCAGUGAAAGUGGAAGCCUUCGUUCGCACCUUCGUACCCAUACAGGAGAAAAACCAUUCGAGUGCUCAAUUUGUAAUAAGAAAUUCGGUGAAGCUGGUAAACUUCGUUUGCACCUUCGAACCCAUACAGGUGAAAAGCCGUUUGAAUGCUUAGUUUGUGAAAAGAAGUUUAGUAUUCAUGGUAACCUUCGUGUGCACCUACGGACCCAUACAGGAGAAAAACCGUUUGAGUGCUCAGUUUGUAAAAAAAAGUUUCGUACAAGUGGUAACCUUCAUGUGCACCUUCGGACCCAUACAGGAAAAAAGCCAUUCGAGUGCUCAGUUUGUAAUCAAAGUUGUCGCCAUGAUAAUGGAUUACGAAAUCACAUUCUUACCCAUACAGGAGAAAAACCACACGAGUGCUCAGUUUGUUAUAAGAAGUUCAGUCGAAGUGGAAACCUUCGUUUUCACCUUCGCACCCAUACAGGAGAAAAGCCAUUCAAGUGCACAGUUUGUUACAUGAAGUUUAGCCAAGGUGGUCACCUUCUUUUGCACCUUCGGACUCAUAUAGGAUAAAAGCCGUUUGAGUGCUCAUUUUGUAGAGAAACCUCGAGAGAAACUGAGUUUUGAUUGUAACCUGCGUGUGCCUUCAGAACCAAUGCCCAAGGAGAACAAGCAGGUCAAGG